AUGCUGCGUUAUGUUGAGGCUUUUCUCAGUGACCGGUGUUUCCGUGUGCGCGUCACCGGUGAACUCAGCGGGUCCUCGGGUAGUGUCAGCGGGUGUGCCGCAGGGCAGGGUGUUGAGCCCUUUCUGUUCAACGCAGCUCUCGCACGCCUCAUCGACCACAUCCCGCGAGGCACUGCCUAUGGAUUGCGUGCUGCUGUUUACGCCGACGAGGUGGUGCUCUUCUACAGUGGCCCCAGCCUUCGUGGUCAUCAAGUUUGCGAGGGACCGCAGGCUGCCAUUGAUGCAGUGGACGGUUUCAUCACGGGAAUCGGGCUCGAGCUCUACGCCACCAAGCCAGAGGCGAUGCUCGUCCACCCGAAGCACUCGGGACGUUUCGGAGCUGUCCCGAAGCUCGUCCUUCGCGGCCACCGGCUGCUGUGGAAGCGCAGAGUGCGCUAUCUUGGUCUUAACAUCGACCACCGGCUCAGCUGGACGCCCGCGCUGGCUUCCAUUCGCAGCGGCUCGCGCAGGAUUGGCGGCAUGGGCUCCUGCAUCCUCGCCAGUGGCAUGGGCUGCUCCCCGGACAUCGCGCUCCCGUUCUUCAAUGCGGUAGCCUCGACCAGGGUUCUCUACGCGGUCCCGCUCGUCGUGCUACGACCAGCGCAAUGA